UGCAAGCAACCUGUAUGACCUAUGACAUGGUUAUCCUACGUACAGACCCUUCAGUUGUGGAAUCAAUGAUUUGUUUGAAUGAAGCAUAUCUGAACUGCAAAGAGUCAGUGACAAAGGACUGUAUGGAAAUGCUAACCGAACCUAAAGAAAAUGAGUCAGAAACCGUUUGACACAAAAAAUAAUCAUGAUCCUUUAAAUUUUGCAUUCUGUAUUCUGCAGUUUUUGAUUCACCAAUGUUUGUUACUUGUUCAGAGCAUCCAGUAUUAUUCAACUUGGUGGAGCUGCCUGCUUUGAUACGUACAUGACAUACAUCAAUUUAUGUAUUGUGCCUACACUUGUGAUUUAUUUU